CAAGAGAAGGGGGUUGGUUUGCGUUUGGAUGGGAUUUGGAGGUGGAAGAAGAGGGGGGAGAUGAUGGAAUCUCUCAGCUGAGGUCUCCAAAUGGUUCUUGGCAGAGGGAGGGUUCAACGGAAAUGGAGGCCGAGGAGGAAGUGGUUGGGGUUGAGGGGAUACUGAGUGGGUUGGAGAGGGAGAGGAACUUGUUUUAUGGUUUGGGUUCUUCGGAGAAGCGAGUUAAUGGGAAAGCAUCGUGGAAGGAUGGAGGGGAUGAUGUUUGUUACUGUGCCACGCACACGAAUUCGAGAGAGAUAUGGCUGGCUGGAAGCUGGUUUGGAAAAGAGAAAAGAGGAGAGAUAGAAGGUGCUCAUUCUGAGGAACGAAUUUCAGAGGAUUACCGUGGCACAAGUACAAUGCCCAUCUGUAGCUUUCAGAGGGAUGGCAAUCCUGAAACAGAGUUUGAGGCAGCUGAGUUUGUUCCAAAUGAAGAGGGGAAUGGUAAUCAUAACUUCAAUGAUAAUAUUUCUGUGGAAGGCAAGGAAGUAACUCAGAGUGGGAGUAAAUUUGGUGAGGAAAGCAGAGACACAUGCAGUGAUACUGAGGAAAUUUGCCAGAAUCAGAUGCAUCUUCAUCUAAAGCACUUAGAGUCUGAGCUUACCUCUGCACUUCACUUACUUCGAUCGAGAUCUAAAGGCUCUGAUUCAUAUAAGGAGAUGCCAUCUGCUCUCUCUCUUAUUUUGUUGUGGAUAGCAAAGGGGGGAAGAUGGAUGACCACUAUUAUAACCCAGUCAAUUGUCCAGGAUCAAAUAAGCUCAUUGAAGGAGCUGCCUAUGCUUUCUGAUGAGUUGGAAUUCAAGCAAGCUGAAAUAAUGAAUGCCAAGGAUAAACUACGGUCUCUAUGCGCUAAAUCGGUGAUACAACAAGGAAAGAUGACACAUGCGAUAAUUGAAGCACGGAAUGAGAGAAAGAAGAGGCUUGAUGCUUCUUUGAAACAUUUGCGCCUUCUUCGGUCAACGUGCAUAAUCUGGCGUGGUUUUGCUACAGAAGUUCAUUUGGCUGGGUCUUUUGAUGGUUGGACUAGUCAGAAAACAAUGGAAAGAUCAAGCUCAGGCAUGUUUACGUUACACUUGAAGCUGUAUCCUGGUCGAUAUGAGAUUAAGUUCAUUGUUGAUGGCGUGUGGAUGAUCGACCCGUUGAGGCCUACUGUAUUCAACAACAGCUAUGAAAACAACCUCCUCAUCAUCCCAUGAGUGAAAAACUAUAGAUACGACAGAUA